UACAACUAUAACGGAAAAAUCCCCCUUCCCGAAUCCAUCCCCGCCGUCCGGCAGCCCCAUCUCCGCCCCAUCUCCGCCACACUCCUCCACACCCCGCCCUUCAGGAAAAACCCACGUCGAAUUUCCUCCAAAUCAACCUCAAUUGCCACCCCCACCGCCGCUCUUCAGCAAGGAGACCGCGAAGAUAUCGAAUCCCUCUUCUCCGAUCACAGCUCCGCACAAUCAAUCAACAAUUACAACCGCGGCAACAAAAUUCUCACCGGGGCCUCUUCCAUUUCGUCGGGGGUAAGGCUAGAAAACGUCAGCAAGAGCUAUAAGGGCGUCACCGUGUUGAAAGAUAUCAACUGGGAGGUGAAAAAGGGGGAGAAAGUUGGGCUAGUGGGCGUUAAUGGCGCGGGGAAAACGACCCAAAUGAGGAUUAUAGCGGGUUUGGAGGAGCCUGAUUCGGGCAAUGUGAUUAAGGCGAAGAGCAACAUGAAAAUUGCCUUCUUGAGCCAAGAAUUCGAGGUGGUGUCGACGAGGACGGUGAAAGAGGAGUUCUUGAGCGCUUUCAAGGAGGAAAUGGAGGUUGCGGAGAGGCUGGAGAAGGUGCAGAAGGCGAUAGAGAAGUCAGUUGACGAUUUGGAGCUGAUGGGGAGGCUUUUAGAUGAGUUUGAUUUGCUGCAGAGGAGGGCUCAAGCUGUGAAUUUGGAUGAGGUGGAUGUGAAGAUCAGUAAGCUGAUGCCUGCACCUGAGGACGCGGAUAAGCACGUUGGAUCGUUCAGCGGAGGGUGGCAGAUGAGGAUGUCACUUGGCAAGAUAUUGCUGCAGGAUCCUGACCUGUUGCUCUUGGAUGAACCUACAAAUCACCUUGAUCUUGAUACGAUUCAGUGGCUCGAGGGUUACCUGAAGAGGCAAGAUGUGCCAAUGGUGAUCAUAUCCCAUGAUAGGGCUUUCCUUGAUCAGUUGUGUACUAAGAUUGUUGAAACGGACAUGGGUGUUUCGAGAACAUAUAUGGGAAAUUACUCAGAUUAUGUUAUUGCAAAGGCGGCAUGGGUUGAAGCUCAGUUUGGUGCAUGGGAGAAACAGCUUAAGGAGAUUGGACACACUAGAGAGCUCAUUAACCGGUUGAGUGCAGGAGCUAAUGCUGGCCGUGCUUCUACUGCUGAAAAGAAGCUCGAAAAACUCAAGGAUGAGGAGCAAGUUGAGAAACCUUUUAUUCGAAAGCAGAUCAGAAUUAGGUUCCCAGAGCGAGGAAGAAGUGGUCGAACUGUGGUGACUAUGAAAAACCUCGAUUUCAGCUUUGAGGAUAAGGUUCUGUUUAAGAAUGCAAACUUGACAGUCGAAAGGGGAGAGAAACUUGCUAUUCUUGGUCCAAACGGGUGUGGAAAAAGUACGUUGCUGAAACUGAUUAUGGGGAUGGUAAAGCCAGACCGAGGUGAAGUUUUGCUUGGGGAGCACAAUGUCUUACCAAACUAUUUUGAGCAAAAUCAGGCGGGGGCCCUUGAUCUGGACAAGACAGUGAUAGAAACUGUUGGUGAAGUUGCAGAAGACUGGAGACUCGAUGACAUAAAGGGUCUCCUAGGUCGCUGCAACUUCAAGGCGGAUAUGCUUGACCGGAAGGUUUCCUUUCUCAGUGGUGGUGAGAAGGCCCGGCUUGCAUUUUGCAAGUUCAUGGUCACACCUUCAACACUUCUAGUUUUGGAUGAACCUACCAACCAUUUGGACAUACCCACAAAAGAGAUGCUUGAGGAGGCGAUCAAUGAGUACCGAGGGACUGUCAUCACUGUUUCACACGACAGAUAUUUCAUUCGCCAAAUUGUUAAUCGAGUAUUGGAAAUAAAAGAUGGGACGAUACAGGACUAUGCAGGAGACUACAAUUAUUAUCUGGAGAAGAACCUAGAAGCAAGAGAAAGGGAGCUCGAAAGGGAGGCCGAGUUAGAGGAGAAGUCUCCAAAAGCUAAAUCCAAAUCCAAGAUGACAAAGGCGGAGAGGGAAGCUCGGAAGAAGCAGAAGAUGCAGGCGUUUCAAGCUGCUAAGCAGAAAUCCAAAGGACAUAAAAAUGCUAAAAGAUGGAAAUGAAAGAGAGUCAUAUGCAUUAGAGUUAGGGGGGAUGAUAGCUCAAUUAGUAUAUGUUGUUCAUUUGGAAAUUACAUACAUAGGUAACUUGUAUCAGUAAGAACAUCAUGACUUGUAUAAACAUACAAUCUUAUGAAAUUUCUGCAGUUAACUUCUCAAA